UUAUUUAGCAAGACGUUUACUCCAUCGUCAUGUAAUCUGUUUUACUUUGACUAAGCCAGAAUUUAGACAAACGACGGAAAACAUCGCUUGUGGUGCCAUCAUGCCUCCUGUCGCGGGAUCAGGAGGAAGUGGCAUAUUUGAAUCAGUUCAGAGGGGCAACAUCGAACAAGUUGCAUUUCUUAUACAAAGUGAUCGAACGGUCUUGAAACAAAAAGGCUGGGGUGGCUUCACUGCGCUCCAUUUUGCUGCUCUCCAUGGAAACCGUCCCGUGGCGGAGCUUCUGCUGAACAGUGGAGCUGAUCCUAACAUCCCCUGUGAUGCAGGGCAGACUGCCUUCCAUUUUGCAUCCAGGCAUGGCAAUAUUAAUAUCAUACAUAAAAUGAUGCAGCACGGAGCUGACUUACGUACUAUGGAUCAUCAAGGGAAGACAGCUCUUCACCACGCUGUCAGUGGAGGAAGUGUUAUUGCCAUACAGUACCUAUGGGAGACAGGAAUGUUCCGGUUCUCAGAUACUGAUAACUUCCGGAUCACUCCACUGCACAUAGCAGCUUCCACUGGGAACACGGAUGUCGUCAGUUACCUGCUGCGAGACAGCAGAUGUGCAGUGGAUGCAGUUGACCAGCAGGGGGCAACAGCGCUACACGUCGCUGCAGAGAAAGGCAUGAUCGAGGUGUGUUGGCUGCUGCUGCAGAGUGCGGGUUUCCACAUCUUACAUGUGAGAAACAACGCUGGCCUCACGCCUUGGGACCUCUGUAGUCGAGGAACCAGUUUUAGACAUCAGCAACUCACUAACAUUUUAUCCCAGUUCAUGAAUAAACCACCUGAUCAGAAACCCAAAGAAUCAUAUGUAAUGUUUUACUGGACUCUCUUCAUGCCCACUCUGAGUGGAGCUGUGGUCCUCCUGGUCGCUGCUGCGUUGGGAGAAUACGGAGGGCUAUUCUGUGGUCUGUUUUUCCCAUGGCUGGCUAAAGUCACUUUGUCUCAGUAUCACAGAAUGAGCAGCUAUCAGAGGUUACCAAAUCCUGUGUACUUGGGGACCCUGACUGCAGGCAUAAUUCAUUCUUUAGUCUGCUUUUACGUCAAAAUUUUGUUUAGUAUUUGGCCAGCCCAUGCGCUUCUCCAUGUAUCCGUCCUCCACUUCUCCCUACUGCUGGGACUCUUCUGGACGGUACUGACCCGGAACCCGGGACAGCUCCAGAAAGCCGACUCAGACCCCAGGUUCGGCAGCAUAGCGGACCUGGUGGAGGGUAACCAGAAUCCCAAUCGCUUUUGUAUCUACUGUGAGAUUUUCCAGGUGGACAACUGUAAGCACUGUCGUUUGUGUGACAUGUGCAUUCAGGACUACGAUCACCACUGUCUCUUCCUGAACCGCUGCGUGGGACGGGACAACCACCGCCUCUUCGUACUCUUCAUCAUGGCCAUGCUGGUUGGCCACCUCAUCUUCAUUUACGCGGGCGGAUGUUACCUCCACCUAAAGCUGACAGGGCUGGAGAGGUCAGGGUGGAGCGUCGCUGUGGGGAAAGAGCCCUGGGUCUUGCUGCUGACACUCUUAAACGUCGUGACGCUGGCCUGGGAGAGCUGGCUGCUGACGGAGCAGUUCGACGCCAUCGCCAUGGGAACCACCACAUACUUCAAGCAAUGUCGACCCAGAGAGCAUUCCAGAAGGAAGCGCUGGACCGCGGUCCUUUCUUUUCUACUCGAAGGGAAAAGACGGGUUGGCCAAAAGCGCAGUCUCUUAACAGACCUAUGAGGAUAAAGUGCUCGUUUUAUGUUUGAAGCAGCUUCAUACAGUGACUUUGUAAUAUGAGCUGUAAAAUC